AUGCAGCCACUUAGCCAUAAAGCUGGAUCGCAAAGUCGCAAAGUAAAGCUUGCUCAUUCAUAUCAAGAACUUUUACAUGAGUUCUCUUCAAAAGAUCUCCGCACCGUCGGUAACUAUGCACUUGGGCGAUUAAUUGGAAAAGGAUCAUUCGGAAAAGUCUAUCUAGCUUCCCACAAGCUCACAAAUGGGUCAAAAGUUGUUCUGAAGUCAGCCAAAAAAGACGAUUCAAACCUAGCACGGGAAAUUCAUCAUCAUCGCCAAUUUAUACACCCACACAUCGCACGCCUCUACGAAGUCAUAAUUACAGAGAAUCUUGUAUGGCUUGUCCUAGAAUAUUGUCCUGGUGAUGAACUUUACAAUUACCUUUUAAAACAUGGAACAUUAUCUGUGGAAAAAGUACAGAAAGUUUUUACGCAAUUAGUAGGAGCCGUUGCAUAUGUACAUGCUGCAUCAUGCGUGCACAGAGACUUGAAGCUUGAAAAUAUUAUGCUCGACAGAAAUGAGAACGUCAAGCUGUGCGACUUUGGUUUCACGCGAGAGUACGAAGGGAAGGGAAACUACUUGCAGACAUACUGCGGUACAGUCGCGUAUAGUGCUCCAGAGAUGAUUAAGGGUGAAAAAUAUGCGGGUGAAAAAGUUGACGUGUGGAGUCUCGGCGUAAUAUUAUACGCACUACUUUGCGGGGAGUUACCUUUCGAUGAAGACGAUGAAAAUGCGACAAGGAUGAAGAUAUUAACAAGUGAGCCAAAAUGGCCCAAUCACUUAACAUCUGAUGCGCGUUCGCUGUUAGGUUUGCUACUUUCUAAGAGAACCCUAAUUCGACCCACUUUAUCCGACAUCUUAGAACAUCCUUUUCUAAAUGAGUAUGCUCCACAACAGCAGGCAAUUUUGAAGUACAAACAUCCUCCUCCCUUUUCGACUCAGUUAGAAAAAGAGACUUUGCAAAGAAUGCGUAGUGCCGGGGUUGACGUUGAUCAAGUAAUUGAGAACGUGAUGGCCAAAAGUUGUGACGCUCUUGCAGGGUGGUGGGCUUUACUUAUUGAAAAGGAACAAAGAAAACAGAUUAAAAGAGAGCGAAAGCGCAAAGAGAGAGAGACUGAAAAUCGAGGAUCAAGAAGGCUGAGCGGUGCAAGCAAUGGUAGACUGGAUUUCAUGUCUACUUCAAUAGCCGGAAUUUGUGAAGAAGUGUCCCAAACUAGACCUAAUGAAUCGCCGAAGAUAAGGGGAAGGAAAGAGAGACGAAGUACUCAUUUCUCUGAUGAAAAUCAAGAUCUUCCUGGCCUCCCUGAACAUCCAGCUCUAUUCACUUCCGAAAUAAUUAAAUCACCAUCUUCAAUAGAGAAAGGUGCACUUAGAUCAUCCAGCUCAUCUAGACAGCGACGCCCGCCACCGCCUCCUAAAGAAGGAACAAUACGGGGGGCCAAGUCUCGUGGAAGUACAUUACAGCUUGUUACUCCAAACCACGAACUGUUGGACUCCAAGUCAAACAACCUUAUGGUUAGGACCCCUAGGCGAAAACAUCAACACUCUUUCAUUAAUCAGCUGGCUCACUGGAAGCAUUGGAUAAUAGACUCCGCAAAGCGGACAAAAUCGCCCAAUAGGAAAUCAUCAAGGUCAACUAUAGAACUCCAUGAGAAAACAUCUUCCAACCCAAGAAUUGAGAUGAAUUCACCAAAUUCUAAACCAGCAGUUUCUAAGGCGACACUCACUAAGCCUACCAUGUCCUCUUGGUCUCAGUCAAAUCCUCCUCCAACAAAAUACUCGAACUCGAAUUCGAAUUCUAAAAUCCAAACUACUAUGCCAUUGACUCCACGUGGAACCUUCCGUUAUUCUAAUAUAGGACUUCGAGGACGCAAAUCUACUUCUUCUUCUGUCUCUUCAGUUCGCAGUGUUCAUCACCAUAAUCAUACGCAUUCUAAGGCCUCUUCAACUUCGUCCGAUUGCUCUAUUUCAACAGCUAAAUUUUCCCUUACUUCACGCUCCAGUCCUCAUCACUCUGUAAAAGUUCUUCCUGCGACACCUAUUGCUGGAAGUUUUCCCUCAAAUAUUCGUGUUGUGCGUCAACCAACAUCACUUACUUUGAAUGAAGUUCCAUGGCGUAACAACGCUAGUGGCGGUAUUGUAUUUGCUAAGCGGAAAAAAAAAAUCCUCAAGGGUCCAAUGCUAAGUAUAAGCUCACCAACUAGUACAAGUCUAGUGUGCCAUUCAAGAAGUACGAGCCAGGGGGGACGAGGAAGCGGUGAGAUCAUACAAGAAGAGGAUGAAGAUGAUAUAGAAGAAGUCGACGCUUUCAGUCCUAUGGCUGGACCAGGAGAAAUAGAAGAGCCAGUUUUCCCGGCAGGUGAAGCUCUAAACGAUAUUAAAGUUAUGCUUGAAUCUGGUUAG